ACCCGACAUGAGACGAUAGCAACGGCAUGCAUGGCGAAGAAAGCUCCUGUAUAUACCUAAUUCAUUUCUAAUUCUAAUUCUUCUGAAGAUUGUCUUAACUGUCUGCUUCCUAUCUUUGUACAAAGCUACAAGAGGUCAGAGGAACGAUGUAUUUGCUUUAUUGUUGAUAUGUUCAUUGCUGCAAAUCCCCUUCAAUGGAGUACAUUCGUUUCCGCGAGACUACCAAAAACAUGUAUUAUUUGCCAACUGUGUAUUAUAGCUAAGGUUGUGAAUAAUCGAGGAAGUUUCGGUUUUAGCUGUUCCGUUAUAGUGACAGUAGCAGUAGUAUUCAGCACGCUUACUACCAAAUGCCCAACAAGGCUCGCAUUUGUCGCUUUCAACGUCCAAACUCCAAAGUAUGCACAUCCGAUAAGACAGAUCAACGCUCAAUGCCUCGGUCCCUCGCUUCGAGGCUGUCUGUCCCAUUCAGCCCCAGUGUUGACGUCGCCUGAUCGACAGCAAUCCCGCCCCGAUCAGCAUCCCUCUUGCUUGCUACUUGCAUUUCCCGCCUGGGAUUCCCAAGCCACCACGCCCCAAGGCCCCUCGAGUGCCAAAUCCGUCCGCCUUGCAAUUCGCCUACGCGAAUGCAAAGCCGGCCGAUCUCAAUUCCCCUUCGUGGCUCUCUCUGUCUUUCUCUCGCCCUCAUCACAUCACACCACGACCCCUCUUCUCCCGUGCCCAGGUUAUCUCCCUGGUGCUUCCAGGAAUAGAAUCAAAGUAGACUCCUAGGAGGAACUGGAUGAAGUUGGAAGCGCGGAAGCAGCGGAAUCUCGUGUGGAUAUGAAAAAGUGUGUACUCAGUAGCUGCUGGGAUUAUUCGUACCAGCAUUUUAGUAUGUAGGACAGUGCAUAUGCAUCCAUGGCAUCCUUAUUGCCUUAUGCAGUCAUCACCACGAAAGAGUCUAGAUCCUUUCGUUUUCUUUUUUGCUUUUUCUUCUUCUUUCUUUUUGAUUUAUGUUUUUAUAUUCGGGGAGAGAAAGGCAAAUCGAAAAAAAAAAAAAAAAAAAAAAAAA